UGUGAUUGACUCUGGAUCCCCGCGAGCUUGAGCUCGUGGCUCACAGGUUUUCGGCACAAUACUUGCUCCUCUGGUUCAGGGUUUCCCGCAUCUUUCUUCCGAGCUGAGUGCGGGGUAUGAAUCACUUUCUGAAGAUUGAGUCACGCUCGUGACGCGCUACCGACAACAAUAACAGCUCAUCGCGCCUAUUCGUUCUUCCCCUCUAGGUUGUUGUCUUGAGUCACUAUGUCAGCAACGACUUCAACAGCUACCGGGAUCUGCACAUUCAUUCCAGACUCUAGCGUGAAGGACCCAGGGGCGUGCAGUGGAAGCGGGAUUGCCGCGUUACAUUCACAUAAUGGAGGACCUUUGCAUUCACAUGAGCAUGGGCAUUCUUAUUCUCAUGGGGACCCAUUUGACCCCAUUGAGCAUGGCCAUACGCAUGAGCAUUUGGAACAUGCAGGUGAGGUCACUACUUCUGUUUUUUGUGCUUUCUUUUGCACCAUCAGUAAAGUUGCGCGGCAGUUGAAUGCGUGCUUCUUGCCGCCAGUGGCGUCGUAUUAUAUUAGUGCAGCAUAUGGACGCAUUCAUGUUUUUUGACAUAUCACUACUCGGCUUCCUUAUACCUCUUGUGUGCACACACUAUUGACACUCCUGAUCGCCUUGUCCCUAAUCAUGGCAGGAAAGUUUGCAGAAAGAGACCUGCCAGAUUGGUCUGGUAGGGAUUUCAAGGAUCGUGGCUUUACGGUUGGGAUCGGAGGGUGAGUUGAUUGUAUGCGCAACCCGAAAUCUCCCACUCGUCCUUCCAGUUCUUCCCUUCACAAGUUCAUCG